AAGUUCGUCGAGAAUCAGACCCUGAGAUUGGUGACUGUUCCGAAGCCUCGCCGUACGUCACUGUGAAGCCCGCGGAUUGGCGAGAAGAGCCACUCCCCACCCUUCCUCCUCCAGCUCUAGAGCCGUGGGAGACGCUCUGGUUGUUAAGGUGAAACGUCCCGCCUUCUGGGGCUUUUUUCCGGCUUUGUGAUUGGCUGCUAGCUUCAGGGAAUCUCGGCGUGGAUUGCGCGAGGGAAAAGAUGGCGGCGAUGGCGGUUGGUGGUGCCGGUGGAAGCCGCGUGUCCAGCGGGAGGGACCUGAAUUGCGUCCCCGAAAUAGCUGACACACUGGGGGCUGUGGCCAAGCAGGGGUGAGGGCCUGGACCUCCGCGAGCUGAAUGCGGGGUCUGAACUCGGGGACCGAGAGGGACAGACCAGUCAUCCCCGAGAGGCAGGGGUUUGAUUUCCUCUGCAUGCCUGUGUUCCACCCGCGUUUCAAGAGGGAAUUCACUCAGGAACCUGCUAAGAGUCGGCCGGGCCCCCAGACACGAUCAGACCUACUGCUGUCAGGAAGGGACUGGAAUACAUUAAUUGUGGGAAAGCUUUCUCCAUGGAUUCGUCCAGACUCAAAAGUGGAGAAGAUACGCAGGAACUCUGAGGCGGCUAUGUUACAAGAGCUGAAUUUUGGGGCGUAUUUGGGUCUUCCAGCUUUUCUGCUGCCCCUAAAUCAGGAAGAUAACACAAACUUGGCGAGAGUUUUGACCAAUCACAUCCACACUGGCCACCACUCCUCCAUGUUCUGGAUGCGGGUGCCAUUGGUGGCACCAGAGGACCUGAGAGAUGAUAUAAUUGAGAACGCACCAACUUCUCACACAGAGGAGUACAGUGGAGAGGAGAAGACAUGGAUGUGGUGGCACAACUUCCGGACCUUGUGUGAUUACAGCAAGAGGAUUGCAGUGGCUCUUGAAAUUGGUGCUGACCUCCCAUCUAACCAUGUCAUUGAUCGUUGGCUUGGGGAGCCCAUCAAAGCAGCCAUUCUCCCCACCAGCAUUUUCCUGACCAAUAAGAAGGGAUUCCCUGUUCUUUCUAAGAUGCACCAGAGGCUGAUCUUCCGACUUCUCAAGUUGGAGGUACAGUUCAUCAUCACAGGCACCAACCACCACUCAGAGAAGGAGUUCUGCUCCUACCUCCAAUACUUGGAAUACCUGAGCCAGAACCGACCUCCACCCAAUGCCUACGAACUCUUUGCCAAGGGUUAUGAAGAUUACCUGCAGUCCCCACUCCAGCCACUGAUGGAUAACCUGGAAUCUCAGACAUACGAAGUGUUCGAAAAGGACCCCAUCAAAUACUCUCAGUACCAGCAGGCCAUCUAUAAAUGUCUGUUAGAUCGAGUGCCAGAGGAAGAGAAGGACACCAGCAUCCAAGUGCUGAUGGUGCUGGGAGCAGGCCGGGGCCCCCUGGUGAAUGCUUCCCUGCGAGCCGCCAAGCAAGCUGACCGGCGGAUAAAGCUGUACGCUGUGGAGAAGAACCCAAAUGCUGUGGUGACGCUGGAGAACUGGCAGUUUGAAGAAUGGGGAAGCCAGGUGACAGUAGUCUCAUCGGACAUGCGGGAGUGGGUGGCUCCAGAGAAAGCAGAUAUCAUUGUCAGUGAGCUUCUGGGGUCCUUUGCUGACAAUGAACUGUCACCUGAGUGCCUGGAUGGAGCCCAGCACUUCCUAAAAGAUGAUGGCGUGAGCAUUCCUGGGGAGUACACCUCCUUUCUAGCUCCCAUCUCCUCCUCCAAGCUAUACAAUGAGGUCCGAGCCUGUCGGGAAAAGGACCGUGACCCUGAGGCCCAGUUUGAGAUGCCUUAUGUGGUACGACUGCACAAUUUCCACCAGCUGUCUGCACCCCAGCCCUGUUUUACCUUCAGCCAUCCUAAUAGAGAUCCUAUGAUUGACAACAAUCGCUACUGUACCUUGGAGUUUCCUGUGGAAGUGAACACAGUGCUACAUGGUUUUGCAGGCUACUUUGAGACUGUGCUUUAUCAGGACAUCACUCUGAGUAUCCGUCCAGAGACUCACUCUCCCGGGAUGUUUUCAUGGUUUCCCAUCCUCUUCCCCAUUAAGCAGCCCAUUACUGUGCGUGAAGGCCAGACCAUCUGUGUGCGUUUCUGGCGAUGCAGCAACUCUAAGAAGGUGUGGUAUGAGUGGGCUGUGACGGCACCGGUCUGCUCUGCUAUUCACAACCCAACAGGCCGCUCUUACACCAUCGGCCUCUAGCCCUGCCUGUAAGUGUCUGGAGCCUUGGAAGCAGCUGCAGGUUCUGUUCCUGUAGCACAGAAGGUGCAGUACACCAUGGGCUCUGAUUCGCCAUGCCCAUCAGAGAGGAACAUUUCAGUCUGCUUUCCUACCUUACGUCAAGAUGGCAAAGGAGGAGAAUUGGGCUCACGCCACCAAUCUGUGAAGACUUCAGGCUUGAGCAUGAGGAAUUCAUGUUGGAUCUGUGGCUACUCCAACGGGCACUCAGCCUCAAGGGCUCCCUGGGAUAGCUCUGAGAACAUGUGAAUUGAACAAAUUUUCAGCCCUCUUCCCUGUCUAUCUCUGUUCCUAUUUUGAUGGUUUUGUGUAAGGAGGAAAUACAAAUAAAAUGAGGUUAUGGUCUUUCCUGCUCUAA